AUGCUUCCAUUAGCCUAUAAUGUAGUUUAUACUUCAGUUAUCAAGCACAUGGAGCUCACUGGGGUCCUUCUAUGCACUUUUGUUCAGGUGGACAUCAUAGGAGUUGGUUGCUAUUCCUCUAAGGACCUCUGGACAUGGAAAAAUGAGGGUGUCGUACUGGAAGCAGAAGAGGCAAAUGAAACCCACGACCUCCAUAAAUCCAAUGUGCUCGAGAGGCCAAAAGUGAUUUACAAUGAGAAAACAGGAAAGUACGUAAUGUGGAUGCAUAUUGAUGAUACCAACUACACCAAAGCUGCUGUUGGUAUUGCCGUUAGCGAUUAUCCUACUGGUCCAUUCAACUAUCUCCACAGCAAACGGCCUCAUGGAUUCGAAAGCAGGGAUAUGACAAUCUUCAAGGAUGAUGAUGGUGUAGCAUAUGUUGUAUAUUCCUCUGAGGAAAAUAGUGAGCUUCACAUUGGACCACUUACAGAAGAUUAUCUUGAUGUCACACAUGUUGUGCGAAGAAUUCUAAUUGGACAGCACAGGGAGGCCCCGGCUCUAUUCAAGUACCAGGGGACUUACUACAUGAUCACUUCUGGGUGCACUGGCUGGGCGCCAAAUGAGGCCCUAGCCCAUGCAGCAGAGUCAAUCAUGGGACCAUGGGAAACGAUGGGAAACCCAUGCAUUGGAGGGAACAAAAUGUUUCGACAGACAACAUUUUUUGCGCAAAGUACAUACGUAAUUCCUUUGACAGGUCUUCCAGGUUCAUUUAUUUUUAUGGCAGAUCGGUGGAAUCCAGCAGAUUUGAGGAACUCAAGGUAUGUGUGGUUACCUUUGAUAGUUGGAGGGCCUGCUGAUCGACCACUAGAUUACGAUUUUGGAUUCCCAAUAUGGUCAAGAGUAUCAAUUUACUGGCAUAGAAAGUGGAGACUUCCUUCUGGGUGGAGUGGGUUGAAAUGA